GAGAGAGAGAGAAGCGCUCGCGCAGCCCGCUUGGCUUCACUCCCCUCUCAUCGCUCGCCGGACCGGCGGAGGACGCGUGAGUGUCGCGCAGCGGGAAACUGACCGGACGGCCGCGCGGUGCUCCCGGACCCACCAGACCUUGUUGUUUCUUUGCUUUACGGGGUUUUUUUCUCCCGUUUUCGUUUCUUUCUUUCUUUCACUGUCUCGGUGCUGCGUUCGUUUUUCACUCCAUCCACCGGCUGGAGGAUGCUGCUGCUGCCGCCGGUAGAAACCGCCCGGUGGUAGCGCUCCGGACGGGUGUCCACUGCCCGACUACCCGGACUGGGCUCCAGCUCCCCCCGCGAGAGCGCGCGGACCUCCCGGUCGAUGCUCGGCGCUGGUCACGACAGUUAAACUGGACAGACAUUGACAGAGGAAUUGGAGGAAUAAUGUUUUUUUUCCUGGAUUUGUUUUAAAUUGUUCUAACGUCUUUUUCACACGGCGUUGUGGAUUAGCACAUUAUUUUUGUAUUCUUCUUCGACCCGCGGCUCCAUCUGGGUACCGAAGAGGUGCGGAGCCCGUACCCGAGGCUGGAGCGCUCAGAGCCGGGUACCCGCGCGGCUCUCACCCGGUCCAGCAGGGAGCCCGGCAGUCGACACUUGGACGAACAAAUGGACAAAAGCCACAGAAUGUUUUCUGCUUUACGACCUCGUUAGCCGAGAGACGAGCGCCGUCAGAGCGCAGCGCCCGGUGUGAAUACGUCAGGCGCUCUGAGCACAACUUCCGUUUAAAGAAAUAAAAAUCACGUCCAUCCGCUAGAUCGCAGAGGGGAUCUGUUGGUCGGAGCCAUGGCGGCGCCCAGACGGGCCCUCCUGCUCUACCUGGCGCUGGUCCUGCGGGCCUCCUGCGGCGCGGCGCCCUCCGACAUCCUGUACCGGGUCGCCGAGGAGCAGCCUCCCAACACGCUGAUCGGCAGCCUGGCGUCGGACCGCGGCCUCCCUGACACCGGCCACCUCUACAAGCUGGAGGUGGGCUCGCCAUACCUGCGCGUGGACGGCAAGACCGGGGACAUCUACACCACGGAGAUCCCCUUGGACCGCGAGACGCUGAAGGACUGCCGCAACCUGCUGGAGGGCGACGAGUGCUUCCUGGAGUUCGAGGUGUCCAUCACGGACAUGGUGAAGGGGCCGGGCUCGGGCCCCCGGCUCAUCGACGGCCGCAUCGAGGUGCUGGACAUCAACGACAACACGCCGCAGUUUUCCUCGCCCAUCCUCUCGCUGUCCAUCCCCGAGAACACACACGUGGGCGCCCUCUUCUCCAUCCCCAUGGCGACCGACCGGGACUCCGGCGGCAACGGCGUGGCGGAGUACUCGCUGACGGCGGGGCCAGACGCCGACCGGCUCUUCUCCCUGCAGGUGGCGGUGGACCAGGACGAGAAGCUGCCGCAGCUGGUCGUCAUGGGCAACCUGGACCGCGAGAGGAAGGACUCGUACGACUUGAACAUCCGGGUUGUGGACGGCGGGAGGCCGGCGAGGGCGAGCAGCGCCCUGCUGAGGGUCACCGUCACCGACCAGAACGACAACGCGCCGAAGUUCGAGAGGAGCCACUACGAGGCCGAGCUGCCCGAAAACAGCCCGCAGGGACACUCCGUGCUGCAGGUCCGCGCCAACGACGCGGACACCGGCGCCAACGGGGAGAUCGACUACAGCCUCCAUCAGGCGUCUGAGGCCGUGCAGAGGCUCCUGCGCAUUGACCGCUCUACCGGCGUCAUCUACGUCAAGGGACUAGUGGACCGCGAGGAGGAAAGCUUCCUCAAGUUCUUCGUGGUGGCCAAAGACCGCGGGCCCAACUCCAAGAGCUCCAAGGUCCUAGUGACCAUCAACGUCCGGGACCUGAACGACAACGCGCCAGCCAUCGAGAUCCGUGGCAUCGGCCUGGUGACGCACCAGGACGGCGUGGCCAACAUCUCCGAGGACAUGCCCAUCGGCACGCCGGUGGCGCUGGUGCAGGUGUCGGACCGCGACGAGGGGGAGAAUGCGGUUGUGACGUGCGUGGUCGCCGGCGACGUCCCGUUCCAGCUGCGCCCUGCCAGCGAGUCGGCCAAUGACCGCAAGAGGAAGUACUUCCUGCAGACCACCACCCCGCUGGAUUAUGAGCGCGUGCGGGAUUACAGGAUCGAGAUUGUGGCGGUGGACUCCGGCAACCCGGCGCUGUCCAGCUCCAACUCCCUGAAGGUGCAGGUGACAGACAUGAACGACAACGCGCCCGUCUUCUCCCCCACGCUGCUGGAGUUGGACUUCGCCGAGGGCAACCAGCCGGGCGAUCGCGUGCUGGGCGUCACGGCGUCAGAUGCGGACAGUGGCACAAACGCCGAGCUGGCCUACAGCAUCGUGGAGCCGGCGGCCUCCAGGCUGUUUGAGAUCGAGGCCGACACCGGGGAGAUCCGCGUGAGGAACCUGCUGGAUCGGGAGGAGCGGGAGCGCUACGAGUUCCGUGUGGCGGCGGCAGACAAGGGCGUUCCCUGCAAGACCGGCACCGCCACCGUGGUGAUCAACGUCCUGGACCGCAACGACAACGACCCCAAGUUCAUGCUGAGUGGCUACAGCUUCUCCGUCAUCGAGAACAUGGCCCCCCUCAACCCUGUCGGGGUGGUGACGGUCACCGAUGCAGACAAGGGCGAGAACGCCCGGGUGAGGCUGUACGUGGAGCCCGACAACGGGAAGUUUGUGAUCCAGAACGGCACAGGCACCAUCCUCUCCAGCAUCUCCUUCGACCGCGAGAAGGAAAGCACCUACACCUUCAGCCUUAGGGCCGUGGACGCCGGCGACCCGCCCCGCUCAUCCUUUGUGGGCGUGACCAUUAACGUGCUGGACGAGAACGACAACGCCCCCUACGUCACCAAGCCGGCCAACUCCUCAUACACCUACAUGUCCCCAGUCACCCCGCUGGACACCAGCGUGGAGAUGGUGGAGGCCGAGGACAUCGACUCCGGGCCUAACGCCGAGCUGGUCUACGCCAUCACGGGGGGGAACCCGUACGACCUGUUCUAUAUCUCGCCCACCAGUGGGGAAAUCAUGCUGGUGCAAGAGUUCACCAGCAAGCACAAUGGCCUGCACCGCCUGGUGGUGAAGGUCAGCGACAAGGGCAAACCCCCUCGCCACACCACCGCCCUGGUGCAUGUGUUUGUCAACGACACCAAGUCCAACGUGUCCCUCAUCGAGGCGCUGGUGGGGCACAGCCUCUACACCCCUCUGGACCGGGACAUCGCCGGGGACCCCAACUACGCCCUCGCCCAGCGCAGCAACAUCCUGUACGGCAGCCUGGCGGGCAUCGCCGGCGUGAUCCUCGUCAUCGUGGCUGUGGUAGUCCUCAGGCACCGGCUGCAGAAGGACACCAAGAGCGGCUACCAGGCCGGAAAGAAGGAGAGCAAGGACUUGUACGCCCCCAAGCAGGGUCCCAAAAGCAGCAAAGGGAAGAAGACCAAGAAGGGCAAGGCUCCCAAACCGGCCAAGCCACUGGAGGAGGAAGCGGAGGCCGGCCUGCAGAAGAGCCUCAAUUUUAACCUCAUCAACGAGGACGUCACCGACAGCCCCCGGAUCCACCUGCCCCUCAACUACCCUCCGGGGAGCCCCGACCUUGGGCGCCACUACCGCUCCAACUCCCCGCUGCCCUCCAUCCAGCUGCAGCCGCAGUCACCCUCCGCCUCCAAGAAGCACCAGGCUGUCCAGGACCUGCCGGCCACCAACACCUUCGUGGGGACGGGUGACAACAACUCCACGGGCUCCGACCAAUACUCGGAUUACAGCUACAAGGCCAACCCGCCCAAAUACAGCAGCAAACAGCCCCCCCACCGCCGCGUGACCUUCUCCACGGCCAAUCAGGCGCAGGACCCUGCAGGACGCGUCCCAGCACAGCUACUACGACAGCGGCCUGGAGGAGUCGGAGACCCCCAGCUCCAAGUCCUCGUCGGGGGGGCCCCGCAUCGGGCCCCUGCCCUGCCGGAGGACACUACGAGAGGACCACGCCCGACGGCAGCAUUGGCGAAGAUGGAGCACCCGGAGAACGGUAAGACCAGGUGGAGCGGCGUCCAGCGGCGAACCGGAGAGAGGGGCGGGACUAAAAAGGCCGACUUAAGACAAAACUAAAGACACACAGAGCAUCUAGAGCUUCUUUCUUCUCUCUCGCCUCCAAUUUACAUAAAGAAACACAUUGACUCCUCCAGCUUUUUGCCUUCUUCUCCUCCUCUCUGCUGCACUUCUGAGGAUUGCUCCUCCCUCCUCGCCCGUGGUCCUCAAACCUUCUUUUUUGCUCCAUGUUGCACUUUUCUUUUCCCCCGUCGAAGAGAAUCGAAUAAGAAAAAAAGGAAAAGAUCCCUGAUGAAAGAAGAAGGUUUUGUUGCAAUGUGCAGAGUAACGAGGACUUCUGCUGGAAGUCGCCUUGUCGGCUGCUGGAUAUGAACGUUUUUUGUGUGGAUUAACUGAAGCUUUCGUGGAUUCUGGAUUAUUAGGUCUUUUUUUGGGGGGGGUUGCAGAAACGGUACAUUCAGUCCCGUUUUAUCCCUUUUCUGACUUUUCUUGUGGUGGCCUGUAGGGUUCAGAGGUCGAGGUUAACGAUGGGUAAUCAGCCAGCUCCGCCUCCUCUCAGCGGCCAAUAGAAACACAGCUAUAAACUGUCAGGCUGUCGUUUGUCUCCUGGAGUCGUGUCUGUUUACAGCGAUGCAAACACAUGGAGGGUUAAUAAAGAGCGAGGGAAUCGAAGGCCUCGCCCCGCGGCAAAUAUCCCUGUACUUGAUGAGGACGCUACGGCGGACGUGGGGGGGUCGAGGCGAGGCGCCGACGGGGAGGUUGAAAUCCGAUUUUUAAUUUCUUUCAUAAGAAUUUGGAUGUGAGGCGGGGAUUGUUGGACGCUUGUGAGCCGGGGUUAAUUGCUGGUCAGCUGUUGCUGCGCAAAUUACUGUUGAUUGAAUUACAAUCAGACCCCCCCCCUUAAAAAAACCCUUCAGACCUGCACGAUUCACACAAGUCACCAAACUGUCGUGAAAAAAGCAGGAAGCGGCGGAAAGCUGUUUGCAUCCCUGUGUUUAGCGCAGUUAGCUCAAAGACUGGAAUCAGUUAGCUUACAUCACAUGACACGAUAUUCACUUGUCAUGGAAGCUCAGUUCAUAGUCAGCGGUAUGAACGGCAUCUCAUUUAUUUUCACGCUCUUAUUUGUGUCCCACCCACAUGGAGUUUGGUUGUUCGUUUUUUGAAAAAUAAUGAAUUAUGAGUUAUUCAUAAUUUUCCUGGUUUAUCAUUUAUUAUUGAUUUAGCAGGAUGGAUUUGAAGCUCCAUCCAUCACACUCUGUCGGGCUAGCUAGCCAACUAGCGACCAAACUAGCGGCUGCUUCAUAUAACCCAUGUAUAAACCCGCGUGGGACUCGUCUGGGAGGUUAGCGUGAGGUUAGCUUAGCAACAGACGGGCCCAGACUGUAUGUCGGUGCCACAGUGUGUUUAUUGUGGACGGGAUGUUUGUGGCUGUGAAGUUGUAACGAGGUGUGUUUGCUGUAGGAGUCGGAACAGAAGCCGCUGAGCGAGUCGCCCACGCUGCACCUGUGAAUGUACUUUGUAUUCAGAGGGUUUCAAUACAAUAAACAAGUGCUGAUACAAAAACAAA